AUGCAGGUCAGGAACGGCGAAAAGCUCCUCCAGAAGUACGGUCUUAAGGCAAAUGAUGCCAUUUUGGCCGAUGAGAAGCACGCUCCCAUCUACGAUGAACUCGUUACGGAACACGAAGUCACCUACGUCGCUGGAGGUGCGGCCCAAAAUGCUGCUCGUGGAGCGGCUUAUGUACUCCCAUCUGGAUCUGUUGUCUACACUGGCGCUGUUGGCGACGAUGAUCUUGCUGAGCAGCUCAAGGAGGCCAACAAGCGCGAGGGUCUCGAUCAGGUGUAUCUUGUGAAGAAGGGAGAGAAGACAGGCGCUUGCGCCGUUGUUAUUACAGGACACUAUCGUUCGCUCGUGACGACUCUUCGUGUCGCCGAGAAAUUCGAAAAGUCGCAUCUAUCCUCGCCAGAAGUCGCCCCUCUCAUCAAGGCCGCGAAAUACUACUAUAUCGAGGGUUAUUUCCUGACACACGGUGUCGAAUCUGCCCAUGAACUCAGCAGCCAGGCGUCUGCAGCUGGCAAGACCUUCAUUCUGAACUUCUCCGCGCCUUUCAUCGCUCAAUUCUUCAAGGCUCAACUCGAGCAAAUCCUCCCUUACACCGACGUCGUCAUCGGAAACGAGGCUGAGGCUGAGGCGUGGGCUAGUGCGACGGGCUACCCUGAUGUCAAGGAUCUCGCAGGAAUCGCGCGCUCCAUUGUACUCCUCCCCAAGUCCAACGCCUCACGCGGACGCGUUGUCGUCUUCACCCAAGGCGCGCAGAACACUGUCCUCGUCACCGCGGACAAGCCUGACGAACCCAAGAUCUUCCCGGUCGAUGCCCUCACCGAUGAGGAGAUCGUCGACACGAAUGGAGCCGGAGACGCCUUCGCUGGUGGUUUCAUUGGUGCCCUCGUUGCUGGGAAGGACCUGGACGGGGCUGUGUUGGCUGGGCACAAGCUCGCGCGUUCUUGUGUGCAGCAGGUCGGCCCACAAUACCCGUGGCCAAAGCUCAACAUCCUUUAA